AUGCUCUCAAGUCGGCCAUGCAGCCUCGGGCUGUCGCUGCAGCUGCUGUGGGUUCUGCUAUCCUUCGCUCCACGACACUGCCUCGCCCAAUUUGCGCCGUAUGCGACAAAUCUAACGACAGUGGUCUCUCCCGUCGACCCGCGCAUCAAGAUCUCAUUCAAAGAUCCCAAGGGCGCCUGUACGACGGCCUUUGACACACAACAGCAGUACACAGGCUGGGUCGAGGUGCCCACCCCGGACUUCCCGACCCACCUCUUCUUCUGGUUUGUGGCAGCCCGCGAGCCCACAUCGGCAUUGACCAUAUGGCUCAACGGCGGCCCCGGCAGCAGCUCCAUGUUCGGCUUCUUCACCGAGAUGGGGCCGUGCGAGGUGGUGGAGAGAGGCGCGAACCGGCUCGACACUGUGGCCAGGGAAUGGGGAUGGGACCGGGCUUCAAAUAUGCUCUUCAUUGACCAGCCAAACCAAGUCGGCUUCUCUUAUGACACCCCCACCAAUGCUUCGCUGGACUUGACCUCGGGAUAUGCUUACCGCCCUCCGCGGGAUAUCCCCUCGGACAGCUCGCCGUGGCUCUUUCUGAACGGUACCCUUCCCUCGAACAAUGCGAGCAAGACUGCCAACACGACAGAGAUCGCAGCCGUCGCCGUCUGGCACAUGCUUCAAGGCUUCCUGAGCGUCUUCCCUCAGUACAACCCGCCUGGCGCCAGCGCACUCGGCGUAAACCUCUUCGCCGAGAGCUAUGGAGGCAAAUACGGCCCCGUCUUCGCCGACAUGUGGGAGCAGCAGAACGACGUGGCACUCCAAAGCGGUAGUAGUAGCAGCAAUAGUCCUGCAAAUUCGACCCUAGUCAUCCACCUGACAGCACUAGGCAUCGUCAACGGCUGCGUCGACGACCUCGUUCAAGGUCCAUACUACGCAGCAAUGACCGUAAAUAGCAGUUAUGGGCUGAACAUAAUUUCCCCGGUGGCCGCCGCCCUCGCCAAUGGAUCAUUCUAUGAGUCGGGGGGGUGUCGUGACGCUAUCAUCGCGUGCCGCAACAUGAUUGCCAAUGAUAGAGCUCCAAAUGCCGAUGCCAGCCCGGUGCAAAACGUCAGCACCAACGGGGUCUGCUUUCACGCUACGUCAGUAUGCAACAGGCUGCUCGAGCCUUAUAGCAACUCGGGGCGGAGCUUCUACGAUAUUGCCCAUCAGACACCCGAGUCCUUUCCGCCCAGCUAUUAUAUCGAGUACCUAAACACACGGGCCGUGCAGGAUGCCAUCGGCGCCGUGGUUAACUACACGGACACGAGCCGGGCCGUUGCCCGCGCCUUUCAAAGGACCGGUGACUAUGAGCGCGAUGACACAGUGACCAGGCUAGCAGCCCUAGUCGCCCGCGGCGUGAGAGUCGGCCUCAUGUACGGCGAUCGCGACUACAUUUGCAACUGGCUCGGCGGCGAAGCUAUAUCGCUGGCCAUCGCCGCCGGGGUCGGCGGCGCCUACGCCGCAGCUUUCCCCGCUGCUGGCUACGCCCCCAUCAUCGUCAACGACAGCUACAUUGGCGGCGUCGUGCGCCAGUUUGCCAACCUCUCCUUCUCGCGCAUCUACCAGGCGGGCCAUUUUGUGCCGGCCUACCAGCCAGAAACAGCCUUCCAGGUCUUUGCACGCAUCAUCCUCGGCACCUCGCUCAGCACCGGCUCACCGGCCAACCUGACCACGUACAACACCACGGGGCCCGCAAACGCCACGUCGUCGCUGCCGCUGCCCCCCAGCCCGACCGAGACAUGCUAUGUUCGCGCCCUUGACUCAUGCGCAACCGACUCGGUCCAAAGUCUGCUCAAGGGGCGGGGCGUUGUAAUGAACGGCGUGUGGUACGCAGCGUCGAGUGACUGGCCAGGCGCAAGCCUGGCGAGCUCUACCCCCGACGCCAGCGGUAGCGAGGCCACGCCAACUCCGUCAGCCUCGACCAGCGUGACUUUGACCGGAGUAUUCACAGCCACCUCUACGCCGAAUAGCAAUAGUGCCACUGCGGUAGGAGCGUGCGGCUGGACAGGAGAGAGGAUGAUCUUGACAGUACUCGUGUUCAUGGGGGCCUUAUUUUUUGGCUGA